AAACAUUUGUGAAGUUGACAUUUUUCCACAACAUACACAUAUACAUGUGGAAUUCAUUACAUAGGUCAAAAUGAAGGAUUUGUUGGAUGAUUCUUCGAAUCAUUUGCAGUCAUCUGACGCAACUGGUAGUAUUGUAUGGUCAACAGAGGAUGUGUUUGCCAAAGUGAUGGGUAAGGAGUGCAAAGGUCGUAUUCGUGAGGUAGGAUUUGGUCCAAGCCCAAGUGGUCGAAGUAGCAAGAGUGCUCUCACAGACAUUGAAAUACACUCAAGUCAAGCAAGAGACAAUGAAGUUGCACAACUGAAGGCUUCCUUGGCUACUAUGCAGGAUAAACUUGCAAGUUUUGACGAAACGAAGGAAAGACUUAGUCAAUUCGAAGAAAUGGAGCAAAGAACGGCUCGCAUGUUUCAACAAAUGCAACAAAGUUCUUCCCAAUGCAAUCAGGAUGUUCCUUUGGCUCAACAAUCUCCAACUCUCCAAAAAUCGUCAGCCGCAUCCUAUCAACCAAGUAGCUUAUAAGUUUUAUCUUGGUGUUCAAGAACUUUUUUGUGUACAAAGAACUA